UGCCAGUUUAGCUGGGCUUCUAUAGUGUUGGGUUGAAAAAGAUAAGUCAAGAACAUAUCUCCACAAAGCCCACAAGACGCGGAAGACCCACAGAAACUUCCAUAUAAAAAGUAAAGAAGUAUACAUUUGCACAUGAAUCUACUAUAUGUUUAAGGUGUGACACCUGCCUAAUACGUUUAUUACAGAAAAUAAACAGCAUCAGCUAGGUGUCCCUUAUUGAGACACAUUAUCAAACUCAACAACGCUACGUGUCUUCGUGACUCUUACUAUCUCCAUAACCCAUUUACUAAAGCAACACCGUUUCUUCCUUUGGUUAGAAUAGUCCCAAGAAGAUAUUGAUCCCCAAAAAAAAAGAUGGCUGGAGAAAAUGACUGGAGGAAAACGGCGGAUACAACGAAGAUGAGUCCGGAAGGAGUGAAAGCUGCGGGGGUUGAAUCAUCGAAGAGGCCACCAGGGAGUAAUCCCGGUGGUGUUCUCCACCAACGCCGUAACUUGCCAUACAGUUACACCACCAUGGCUAUCGCUGGAUUAGCUAUAUCCGGUGCAGUCAUGUACACUGUUAUGUAUGCUAAGAAAAAGCCCGAGGCUAGUGCCACUGAUGUAGCUAAAGUGGCCACAGGGACGGCUAAACCGGAAGAUACACAUCCAAGGAAAUAAAACCCUUAUUAGAAAAUGGGUUUAUCUUCUUUUUGUUUGUUUUGUAUUUUUGUUUUUGCUUCUGCUUAAUUCUCAGAACUUUUUUGUUUUCUUGUUAUGGAGUAAUAACAAAACAAGUUUCAAUACAAAAAUAUCCUAUCAACUAAAGAGAUAUAUAAUAAAUUA